AUCUGAAAAUAAUAUUGAAAGCAUCUAGUGUUUACAAAAUAGAAAAAGAGUUAUGUCUGUGCUCAUAGGGUUCACAUCCAAUUGUUAUUCUAAUUGCUGUAAGUUCCUUAUCCUUGGAGCAAUAAUAAAUGCCAAAUUGUAUGCGAAGUCUGAAAAUACCUUUCACUUGUUCAAGCAAUAUAUAAAUAUUUAAAGAUCUGUAUUCAUGCUGUGUGUUUACAAGAAUACUUUUAUUCAUCAAAUCAUUUACUUUUGUAUUCAAAAUUAUUUUCAGAAAGCUGGAAAAGCCAACAAUCAGCUAUCUAACAUAGUUCAAGUUUUAUAAGGUCAAAUUUGUAUAAUAUUAGUUUGCACAGUCAACAUAUAACAUUUAAAGUUAUGGCAACUUUUAAUUCCUCGCCAAACAUAUUAAAUAGUUGCGAUAAGACGGCAGAAUCUGUUCUAUCAACAACAGCAUUGUUUGUACCUUCGGAAUCGCCUUUGCAUGGGUAUAACUACAAUUCAACAGCCUCGUCUAUUGAAAAUCAUUCGUUCAUUGGAAUCCAACAAAAAAAUCUACCAAGUAUUAACCAUCACCAUGUAAAUUCUUCUUCGAGUCUCACUUUUAUGGAGAUCAAGCGGGAGCCUUGCCAAGUGUCUGAAGUAACGACCUCAAACAAUCUUACAAAUCAUAAUUCUAAAUCAAUGUCAUCUAUGACCACAACUUUGGUUAAAAUUGAAUCUUCGUCACCGAUAAUAUCGGAUAGGGAUAAAUCCCUUUCGCAAAUGACCGCAAAUAAUUUAAUGUCUGUUGGAUUAGCAGUAUCAAAAAAAAGAACUCAAGAUUCAUCACCUGUACAACAACCUUCCAGAGAUAUUAAUUAUUUUGGAAUUCGUGUUGCAGACAUAGGUGGAGUGACGACAGCAGGCUGUGGCAAUAUUUAUUUUGCUGGGGCUGAUUUGAUUCCUGGUACAAACAAUGAAGACAUCAGAAGUAUACAUAACUCAAACAGGCCCCCGCCAACAUUUUGGCAAUAUCCAAAUCCUUUUCCACUUGAAUCCGUAAUAUCAAUGUCACCUGUUGGGUUACAAUAUACCAGAGAUCCCAACAGAGGGCAACUAGUUUUGCUUCCUGCAGCAUCUGCCAUAGAAUCUUUUCAACCAACCGCGCUUCUUUGGCCACCAUACAUGCAGCAAAACCCAGGAACUUCAACGACAGCCCCAAAUUUUUUAUUUCCAUUGAUAAGUUCGCAGCCAAACACUCCAACUCAGUCCAUUCAGCUUGUCGGGACCAAUCAUUUGACAACAACAGCUGCACCGUCUACUGUUUGUCAUCAUUCACAAGGGAAUGCCUGUCGUUCCCUCUCAAUUUCUUCUGAUACAAGAAGGAUAGAACAACCAGCAAAAAACAGUGGAAUGAAAAAAGAUGAUUGGUUGCAACAAAACAGUUUUAACAGGGGACACUUAAUUAAUCUUGAUUCUACGAGCAAAACAAUAAAAUCAAAAGAAAAUGAAUACAACUAUUCCGAAUCAACUUUAAAUCUUAUUGGCCCACAGCCAUUAACAGUAAGUGAACAAUCUCAUAAUUUCUUGAAUAACUUACAUGCGCCAUCCGAACUUUUAACUGUGCCAAUGUUACCUAAUUAUAAAACUCCAACCAAUACGACACUUUUAACUCCACCACAAAUUGAAGAGGCAAAUAGCAUGUACAGAGAUGCAGGUAGCAGGGUAACUGGUUUUUCUAAAAUGCCAGAAAUGCAAGAUGUAAAUAUUCAGACAGAUACUCCUAUCUGCAGUGAUGAUGAUAGUUCUACAUUAGAAGCUAGUACGGCUGAAAUGAUUUCUUGCAAUCUGCCGUCAUCCGAUACAAUCAAAUACACAUCUACUCAGUGCUAUAACAAUAAUGUUGGAUGUCAAAAUCCUUUGUCAAAACAAAAUUCUACUGAAUCAUUUCAACAAUAUACUCCGGAAUAUGAUUUUUCUAAACACAACAGUCUUUUAACUCAGCCAGAAAGGUAUGUUUAUGAAAAUGAAUUUGAAUCAAACACAACUGCUAAUAAAAACGAUUUAUAUUAUGUGGAUCGUAUGACUGUACUUACCGAAUGUAAUAGCGGCAGUUUGGCAUUUAAGACUAGCACCAAUCCUCCCUUGGUCGAAAUGUCUGGGCUAGAGUUACUUUCCAACAUAAGCACAGGAUCACUUAUUAAUAAUGAUUCCCAUAAAUCAGUUUGUGUUAAGCAAGAGCCAUCUGAAAAUGUUGAUAAAGAACAUGAAAAUAAGGCUUUUAAUGAAUACGAAGUAAUCGAUACUAAGCUUAAUGAUUCAGAAAUACAAUAUGUAGACUCGAAGCUAAAAAAGUCUGUAGAUGAAUUUACUAAAUAUUCUACGCCAGGUGGUGAAAAAUCUUUAGGAGGUCUCAAUCUACUUUGCGCUUUAGCUGAACAGAGGAUACAAGAAGAGGUUGAGAGUAAUAACUUUAAUAAAAGUACAAGAGAAAAGACACUUGAAGUAAAAAAAAAAAAGCACAAACAUUCCAAAUCAAAGUCUACCAGGCAAUGGAGGUACUACAAGGAAACGAAAAAAAAAAAUUCGAAACAACGGCAGGGAUAUGGUUUUAGUUUCGAUUGUGAGGAAGUGCAAGAUAAUUUAAGAAGGGCCUUCGAAAACGUCGACAAAAAGAACACUAAGUGGCCUGGACCUGAAGAUUUUUUUAAAGCAAUGGAAUCAGAUAUGCGAAUGCGACUAGCUGAUAUAACAAGACAAUACAGAAAGAAAAAGAGAAAGUUGGAUGAAAUUAAUAAAAUAAAAAAAAGAAAAGUUAGUUCCGAAUAUAAAUUUGCAAACAUUUCUUGUAAGAAUCCCAGUUUUAUUUGUUUCCUUGAUAAAUUUCAAUCAAAGUCUUCGAAUUUUCCCCCACCUGCUAAUGAAUCUAAAAUUCAAUCUUUAAAUAAUCAAAACAACAAUGUCACUGAUUGCGCAAUAGAAACAAGUGAAGAUAACGAAGAAACAUCAACUUCCCUUGGUAAAGGAACUUCUUUAAUAAAAGACAAUACUUUUAAGCAAUCUGAAAAUGUAGUUUUAUGUGAAAAUAAACGUUUUAAAAAUAAAUCACAUACAAAAAAGCAUAUUCCUACCCUAAAAGUUGACAAAAUCACUUUGAAAAGCAGGUCUCCCAUACCUAAAAUGCAACAUAAACCAAACAUUAUUAUCAAAGAAGGAAUUAAGCUCAAUAAGAAAAUUGAUAAACAAAUUGUUUUAUCAAAUGAACAUUUAUAUAGACAGGAAACUCGGGUAUUAACUGAUAUGGGUGGUCUUUUUUAUGCGGGCAUUUUAAAACCAUUACAACCACCAGACGUCUAUGCUAUUACACUCGAUGGAGAAAGAGGAAACAAAUCGCAUAUUAUGUCAAGGGAAGACAUUUUUAAGGACACUAUAUUGGAAGUUGUACCAAAAACUAUUAAAAAAGUACCAACAGGAACUCGACUUUGUGCAUAUUGGAGCCAACAAUAUCGGUGUUUGUAUCCAGGAAAGGCAAUCGAGUCCGAUACUACAGAUGCAGGUUCCGAAUUUGUUAACGUUGAAUUUGAUGAUGGUGACAGCGGAAGAAUCCGUUUACAGAAUAUACGAUAUUUGAUGAGUGAUUAUCCCAUUGUUGAGUACAAUGAAAAUCCGUUCAGCACCCUCGGAAAAAAUAAGAAGCAUAGCUCCUUAAAAACUGCACCAGCUGAUACAAAUAAUGAUUCAUAUAGAGAAAAAAUGCGACAUUCAGUAGAUCGACAAAACGAUAUUUCUAUAAAUCGCAGAAACAAAAAGGAAUAUGACAAUAUCGAAUCAAAUUUGAGUGAAAUAGUAUACAAAAACACACAAGACUCCAAGAAAAAGAAACACACAAACCGCUAUCGUACAUCUCAUACUAAAAGUUUGAACACCGUCAUUAUUGAUGAACAGAAAGAAAGAGAAAAUGUACUAAAUGAAUAUACCAAAUUACAAAGCUUGAAUUAUAAUGAAAUACAAUCAAAUCGUGGAACAAAUUACAUCAUAAAGUCACAAAUAGAUAAAAAUACAAUUUCAGAAAAAUCUGAUACUGAAUUAAUGGUUAAGAAUCUGAAACACGAGAUGAACGGACUAAAUGAUCAAGAUUCACCUUCUAAUGACGCUUACAAAACAUCUGAUAAGAUCAAAUAUACAAAAGUAGACUAUAACAGUGGGAAAGGAAGCAAAAUAGCUGCAUUUUUGCCAGAGCGUCAGUUGUGGGGUUGGCUCGGGCAAGCGUAUCGUAAAGCUGUUUUUAAAGGUAGAGCCAGAAAGCACUUUUAUAAAUCGAUAUCAAGAGGAGAGGAAACAAUAACAGUUGGUGAAUGUGCUGUUUUCCUUUCUACUGGACGACCUGACAGACCAUAUAUAGGUCGAAUAGAAGCAUUUUGGGAAACGACAUCUAGCAAUAAAAUUGUAAGAGUUCGUUGGUUUUAUCAUCCCGAGGAAACUAUUGGUUGUCCUUCUUUAAAAUACCCUGGGGCAUUAUUUGACUCACCACAUGAAGACGAAAACGAUGUACAAACUAUUUCGCAUAGAUGUGAAGUCAUAGAAUUUUCAAUGUACAUUGCAAAAUUCGGUUCAGAUCCUACAAAUUAUCAGUCAAUAUAUGAUAACAAUGAUAUUUACUACCUGUCAGGCUACUAUAAUCCAAGGUUAAAAGUUCUUACAAUGCAACCACAAAUUCCAACUUUAGAUGAUACCAGUUUGUAAUUUUAAAUUAAAAAUCAAAAUUUCAUUGUGAUAGAAAAAAUCUGUUUUUUUCUUCAAGUUAUUUGAUAAAAAAGAUGAAGUUUAUAUUUUAAAUUUGUUUUUACAAUGAAAUAUUUGUUUUAUAAUUUUAAUUCUUAAUAAACACAUGUGUAAACCAUGAA